AUGUGUGGGCUCUACCUUGGCUGUCUGCCCCCGUCAAGCUGCUUCCCCUCUCUGGGCCUCAGGUUCUGCAUCUGUAGACGCUGUGUGGACCCAGGUGGACACCAUAACAACUGCCCCAGCCCAGUCAGAAACCUGAGUGUGGAGGUUCAGGCCACCAGCUCUGUCAUCCUAAACCCUCAGACCUACACCUACUGGGUCCAUUGGGCCAGUGCCAGCAUUUCCAGAGGGACCAGAAAUAUGGCCACAAAGGUGGUUGUGAUAGAGGGCCUGGAGUCAGGGACCUCAUACACUUUCACUGUGUGGGCUGAGAGGAAUGGAGUCUGCAGUGACAGAGCCUUCCAUUCCCCUACCCCAGACUCAGUCAACAUCACCUCCUGUGUCAGCACCUCAGGGGGCCGUGGGAUCAUCCUGACCUUGUCCUCCCCCACUAGAGGCUACAAGGCCUUCGAGCUGGAGGUGGGUGGACAGCAGGGCCUCCAGAACAGGUCCUCAUGUGGGAGGGGCAUGUCCGUGUUGGGUCUCCAGCAGGCUCAGUCCUACAUAGCCACCAUCAAGGCUGUCUGGGAUGGAAUGAGGGCACCACCUGCAUCCGUGACCUGCUACAUCGACAGUGCAGACCUGCACAUCUCCAAGUGGCUCAAACCCUUUUUCCUCACCUGCACUGUCUACUUCCUCCUCUGGAUCCCUGAGGGCCUGCCGUCCUGGCUCAGUGCCCUGGUCAAGUGCCUGCCUGUGCUCGACCAGUGGUUCAGGAUGGGCAGCUUACAAGGGACCCAAAGCACCUCAGAUAUCAGAAUCACAGUGAAGGAACUGGAAGCUGGAACUUUGUACACCUUUACUGUCUGGGUUGAAAGAAAUGGCAUCAGCAGUAAUAUCGAGACAAUUCAUGCCUCUACAGUCCCCAACAGAGUGACAAGCCUUGGGAUGCAGGACCAGACCAACAGUUCCAUCACCUUGAGCUGGACAGCUCCCCUGGGCCCAGACCAACCACCCUACACCUACUGGGUCCAAUGGUCGAGGGAGGAAAGUGUACAAGGGACCCAAAACAUCUCAGAUACCAGUAUCACGGUGAAGGAACUAGAAGCUGGGACUUUGUACACCUUCACUGUUUGGGUCGAGAGGAACAAUGUCAACAGUACAAACAAGAUGAUUAAUGCAUCUACAGUUCCCAAUGAGGUCACAGAUCUGAACACAACUCAGACCAACAACUCAGUCACACUAAGAUGGAAGCCCCCCACAGACCCUUACUCUCAUCUUUACAUAUACUGGAUCCAGUGGGCCACUGGGGGACAGCUCCACAGGGGGAAAGAUCUCCAAGGAGAUAAGAUCAACCAGACAGCCAAGACCAAUGAGACUCAGUACACAGUGAAGGCCCUUUCACCCGGGACUCUGUACAACUUCAGCGUGUGGGCAGAGAUUAACAAUGUAUUCAGUUUCAUACACAGCCUUCAUGCAUCCACAGCUCCUGACCCUGUCGCCAUCACAUCCUGUGUCAGUACCUCGGGCGGUUAUGGGGUCAUCCUGACCUGGUCUUGCCCCCCAGGAGGCUACGAGGUCUUCAAGUUGCAGGUGGGCAGGCAGGACUUUCAGAACACAACCUUGUGUGAGAGUGGAGUGUCCUUGUCGGGUUUCCAGCCAGCUCAGUCCUACCUAGCCACUGUCACAACUGUGUGGGAUGGAAUGAGGGCGCCAUCUGCCUCCAUGACCUGCUACACUGAGAGUACAGGGGUCAUUGUCGGCUCCAUUGUGGGAGUUCUCCUGUUUGUCUUCAUACUGGGCCUGCUGGUUUUCUUCCUGAAGAAGAGGAAUAAGAAGAGCCCAGAGAAACAGGCAGCCAGGGAUCUGGCCUUCAGUUUUCCAGGAGACAUCCUGGCCGAAGAUUUUGCUGAUCAUGUCAGGAAAAAUGAGAAGGACAGCAAUUGUGGUUUUGCAGAGGAAUACCAGCAACUGGCCCUGGAGGGACAUGACCAGCCGCACAUGGUGGCCUCAGCUCCAGAAAACAAUGCCAAGAAUCGCUACAGAAACGUGCUGCCCUAUGACUGGUCCAGGGUGCCCCUGAAGCCCCUCCAUGGGGAACCAGGCUCUGACUACAUCAACGCUAGCUUCAUACCUGGUCUCUGGAGCCCCCAGGAGUUCAUCGCAGCCCAGGGCCCCCUGGCCCAGACGGUGGGUGACUUCUGGCGUUUGGUGUGGGAGCAACAGAGCCACACCCUGGUCAUGCUGACCAACUGCGUGGAGUCUGGUUGGGUAAAGUGUGAACAUUAUUGGCCUCUGGAUUCUCAGCCCUGCACUCAUGGGCACAUUCAGGUGACCCUGGUGGAUGAGGAGGUGACAGAGAACUGGACUACGCGGGACCUGAAGCUCUUCCACGUGGAAGAGCAGAAGGCUCUGUCUGUACGUCAAUUCCACUACAUAGCCUGGCCCGAUCAUGGCGUCCCCCACUCCCCAGAUCCCUUGCUGGCCUUCUGGAAGGUGCUUCGGAAAUGGCUCGACCAGAACAUGGGGGGUGGUCCACCCAUUGUGCACUGCAGCGCUGGUGUGGGCCGCACUGGCACCCUCAUCGCCCUGGAUGUCUUGCUCCAGCAGCUGGAGUGUGAGGGUCUCGUGGGGCCUUUCAACUUUGUGAGAAAGAUGAGAGGAAGCCGUCCCUUGAUGGUUCAGACCGAGGCCCAGUAUGUGUUCCUGCACCAGUGCAUCCUGCGGUUCCUGCAACAGUCACACCCAGCCCCAGAGGAGGAAGAAGUCAUGUAUGAGAACGUGGCUGAUCUGCUGUGUGAGAAUGUGGCUGCAAUCCAGGCCCACAAGUGUGAGGUCUAG